AUGGCUGGGAGAAAUGAUGCUGCUCUUGCUGCUGCGUUGCAUGCUGUUACGCAGGCAGUGCAGAAUAACAAUCAGAAUGCUGGAGAUCUUGAAUUCCGUAAUUUGGAAAAGUUCCAGAGUAACAAGCCGCCUACAUUUGAGGGUACUCAUGAUCCAGAUGCUGCACAGAAAUGGCUGAAGUCUAUUGAGAAGAUCUUCAGGGUCAUGGGAUGCAAUGAAGCUCAGAAGGUACAGUUUAGUACUCACAUGUUGGAUGGUGAAGCUGAAGACUGGUGGGAUAACAGUCGUCAGAGAUUGGAAGCGGCAGGUAGUGCUAUUACUUGGACGGUGUUCAGGGCUGAAUUUCUAGAGCGGUAUUUUCCAGAAGAUGUUCGUGGUAAAAAGGAGAUUGAGUUUCUGGAAUUGAAACAGGGAAACUUAACAGUUGCAGAGUAUGCUGCUCGGUUUGAGGAAUUGGUGAAGUAUUGUCCUCAUUACAAUACUGAUGCUGCUAUGAGAUCUAAAUGUAUUAAGUUUGAGAACGGGCUGCGUCCUGAGAUCAAACAGGGUAUUGGCUAUCAGAAGAUUAGAAAUUAUCCGGAGCUGGUGAACAGGUGUAGAAUUUAUGAUGAGGACAACAAGGCUCGAAUUGCUCAUUACAAGACAUUGAGUGAUAAAAGGGGUAAGCAGAGACAUGGAGGUACGCCUUAUAGUGCUCCGGCUGAUAAAGGAAAACAAAAAGCUAUUGUGGGUAAGAAGCCAAGUGGGGGAGGAAUUGCUCCCAAUCCUAUCAAGUGCUUCAAAUGUGGUGGCGUGGGUCAUCGUGCUAAUGAAUGUCAUAAUGAUGUGAAGAAAUGCUUCAAGUGUGGUCGACCAGGUCAUCUUGUGGCAGAUUGUAGAACCAAUAUACCUACCUGUUACAAUUGUGGAGAACAGGGUCACAUCAGCACUCAUUGUCAGAAGCCGAAGAAGUCACAGACAAGUGGGAAAGUGUUUGCAUUGGUGGGAGCUCAGCCUACCAAUGACGAUCGUUUGGAAGAAGAGUUGGCUAAUUCUAUAUCUACAGAGGAAUUGAGAAUCUUGUUGGAAGAUGAAGCUAAAAUGUUUGCUGUGUUUGCCUCACUAUCAAUUGAAGGCAAAGCGUCGAUUAAUGAGUUACCGGUGGUGAGGGAAUUUCCAGAAGUGUUUCCUGAUGACAUUACAGAGUUGCCUCCGAAGAGAGAAGUGGAACUUGUAAUUGAUCUUGUUCCUGGUACCAGACCCAUAUCUAUGGCACCAUACAGGAUGUCUGCAUCAGAGUUGGCAGAAUUGAAAUCUCAGAUAGGGGAGUUGCUUGAUAAGAAGUUUAUUAGACCCAGCGUGUCACCGUGGGGAGCCCCAGUGUUGUUGGUUAAAAAGAAGGAUGGUAGUAUGUGUUUGUGUAUUGAUUAUCGUCAGAUGAAUAAAGUAACCAUUAAGAAUAAUAAGAUUGAUUUGAGAUCGGGUUAUCAUCAAAUUCGAGUUAAAGAUGAUUAUAUUCAGAAAACGGCUUUCAGAACUCGUUAUGGACAUUACGAAUAUGCAGUGAUGUCGUUUGGAGUGUCUAAUGCUCCAGGUGUGUUCAUGGAAUACAUGAAUCAUAUAUUUCAUGCUUACUUAGAUCAGUUUGUGGUAGUUUUUAUUGACGACAUUCUGAUUUAUUCUAAGUCAGAAGAAGAUCAUGCAGAACAUUUAAGGACUGCGUUACAGGUGUUGAAAGAUAACAAGUUGUUUGCGAAGCUUUCGAAAUGCGAGUUUUGGUUACAAAUAGUGAGUUUCUUAGGACAUGUGAUUUCUGGUGAUGGCAUAGCAGUGGAUCCAUCAAAGCUUCAGAGAACUGAAGAAGAAACUGACUACGGCACCAGUAUUGGUUCUACCAAGUCCUCAUGA